AUGGGUCAUACACUCUCCUCUCCAUUGGCCGCCCCGGUGGAACAUACGGCAGAGGGAGAGAAUGACUUGUCGACCGUCCAUCAUACCCCAGAAGCCAUUCCGUUUGAUCAUUCCCAUUUGGAAAAUCUGGCCACUGUUCCUCCAAGCUCCCCAUUUACCAUCAUCUCGACUUCAGACUGCAGUUUGUCUUCUUUGGAUCCCUUACCAUCCAGUCCUUUACGCAAGAUUUCAUUACGAUUAGAAUCUAUUCGACUUCAUAGAUCUCCAAGCAUAACCACGAUGUCUGCCAUGUCUGAAAACUCCGAAAUUGUAGUCAACAACUUCGACAACGACAACGUAACUCAUGCAGUGACCUCGACGAACAAGAAUCCAGAGGAUGAAAUCACCAAUUUCAAAGAGGGAAUGACGACCAUUGUGUGGACUCACACAAUGCGGACUGAACGCAACGACAUUUGGACUAUUCGACGAUAUUAUUGCCUUGGUCUUCUCACUUGCUCUGAACCAGGCUGCCAACUCGCGGGAUUGCCACCUACCGGCCACAAAGGCAUCGAGAAACAUCUCGCAAAGUUUCCCAAUUGCACCGUGUCCAGGUGCCCCGGUGUGGUGAAUCACUUGGAGUGUCAUGCACGCUGCCGAGUUGACAAGGACACAAUCGAAAAGUGGUAUUUGCUCCGUCAUCAAGGCCAACACACCCAUCGAUGGCCAGACCCCAAGAAGGCCGAUCCUCUUGCAAAGGAGAAGUUGGAAGCGGCUGUGUUGGCUGAUCCCAAAUUGGGACCCCUUGGUAUGAAGGUUGGACGCGCUCGUGUUGGAACCGCACCUAUUCCCUCGAUUACAGACGUACAUUCUUCUUUUGCGCAUACCGACCGCCUUGGAUAUUUGCGACGUGAGAUCCUCGCCAAACACGGUUUAAUGGACGACAAGAAUGACAAACAUGGAGGAGACCGAUGGUAUACGCAGAUCAGGCAUUGGUCCAAGAAAGGAAUGAAGAUUGUUUCGGUUACCAUGGACGACAACAACCAUUUUACCUUCCAAACCAAGUGGAUGGCCGAAAUGCUAGUACUCCAACAAGAAGACGGCGAAGCCUACUCUGGCGGCCUCUUGUCCGAUGUAACUUAUAAGUUUUUUCUGAAUGGUUACCUAUUAACUACGUCGAUGUACAACGAGAAACUGCAGCGCUGGAUACCAAUACUACUGACGUGGCUCGGAGGACUUUCAACGUUACAUUACAAGGCUCAUUUCGUUACACUCUUGAAGCAAAUCCAGAAGACUGAAUUAUCAGAUAGAGAAAAGAGACGCCUUGUCGAACAAGUUGUUGAUUUUUCUGUAGCUCAGAAGAAUGGGUUCAUAGAUGCAUACUUGGAGGUAUUCAACAUACAUGAUCGCAAGAUACCUUUCUCAAAGUUGCAUGGCUGUGAACAGCAUUAUCAACAGGCCGUUACUCACAUAUCGAAAAACCACAAAAUUGUCAAGGUUAAUAUGGUGGGCACUUGGAAGAAACUAUGCCGGGAGCUUCUUCUCCCGGAUGAACCUGGACGUCCCAAUCUUGAACAAAGAUUCAAAGACUUGCGACGAUUGUUUCCUUUGGCGAAAAAGUGGAUCGACUGGUGGUAUGCGGCGGAUGUCCAAGCUAUGCUUUUCCCGGCGCGGAAGCGGAUUCCUGAAGAUGAUCCACCUUUACCUGACGAAGAAUCAGAUGACGAAGACGACGGUAAACCUCGCAGGCGCUCUGAUUUGCCCAAGACCACCAAUGCACAAGAAUCAUUACACCGUGUCUAUUACAUGCUCUGUGAUGGCAAGUGUGGGAUCAUUUCCGGCAUGAUCCAACUCUUUGCCUUUGUAUCAAGUUUACAGCGCGACUACGAAUCCCGAUUGAAGGGCAUCUCUGUCACUUACGGUUCCAGCAAUCAGAACUGGCAAGACGUUGUGACGUCGUUAGGUAUGGCCAAACCAACGAAACACAGAUAUAUUGCGAACGACGGCCGUGCACCAGACACCACCCAAGAACUACUGGACUAUGCUGAUGAACAUUCCGGCAAAGUGGUCAAGAAGAAAGGCCCUGGACGUCCUCAGGGUUCCCAGAACAUCAAUCGAAGUGCUUUAACGACGUACAAGUCUUAUACCUCUGGAUCGACCAUUGGCACCUUGAAUCGAUGCUGGCAGACUGCCACACUCGAAUCUCUCUAUGCUCUUUGGGGACCUCUUUGGUCCGACCACACCAACGUCAAUGGCAGCUCUUUGCCCACCAUUGUCAUUCGACAUUUUACCGGUCGUUGCGAUGCUGAAGUGAAUCAAGGAAAGCACCUCGGUGGAUUAUUAAAACAAGGGCAGAACAUUAUUCACAAGGUGAUUCAAGCCCUCAAACCCGAAUCAUAUAUCUCUGACGAGUGCUGUUUGGCCGACGGCUUCAUGGAUAUGAUGGUUGAUCACCCGUCAACUAGGCCUCUAUUUGCAAUCAAUGUUACCAAGACCUUGAUAUGCCAUUGCAACCAUACUCACAAUCGAGAAACUACUAAAUAUCUAGGUUGUUUCCGGAUUUUUCCGUCUAUGUUCAGGGAGACUGCCCUUGCUUAUGGACAACUCGACGUAAUGCUACAAGAUUUUCUCUCCAACGGUGUCAUAACGGAACCCGGCCUUGUAUGCCGUCAAUGUCAUCCAAAGAAGCGACAAGGCGGCGAUGAAGGCGAUCUGACGAUGCUCGAACAACGUAUGAAGAUAGAACAUACGUUGCUACCUUUACAUCUCUACUUUCUCUUGGACAACGUCAUGGCUUUAGAUUCCAAGGAACGAGGACGUUACAUGGGAGAUACCAACUGGCCAGCUCGUUUAGUAAUUGGUAAAGCCCAAUAUCAGAUGGUCACCCGUGGGUUUUGGGGUGGUAACCAUUAUUGGUGCCAGGUAGUGCGGUCAGUGGAAGGCGUCUUGGGUGUAUGGCAUUAUGAUGAGCUCAAGAAUGGAGGAUUUGCCCAGCUGAUAUCCCGCGACGUAGACAGCAUCUCUGGAUGCAUUGCUAACACCAGCUGGACGUGUUACACGCGGGUCCCCUUCGAAUCUGAAGCUAACAAAGUCAAAAAGGCGCUUCUGGACUUGAUGAAGAGGUUUCCUGACCAACACCUCUCGAUGCCUUUCUCAAUGCCCACCAGCACGAUUCCUUUUGGAGGAGGCCUUCCCUCCCUUGCUGACGAAGGCCUUUUAAGCACCACCAUCAUACCCGAUGAGGUCUCAUUGCCAGUGGUUACUCACGGUAAAGCAGAUGAAGAAGAAAUCUGCGAAAACAACGAUCAAGACCUUCACUACGAACAUGACGAUGAUGAAGAACUUCUGCACAAUAAUGACGACAUUCUCUACGCUAAUGAAGACCAUCGCGAUGAAGAUGUGGUCAUGGGAACCUCUGAGGCCGACGUCGAGGUUAAUGAGGACGCUCUAUCUCAUCAAGCUUCGGAGGAACUCAUUCCACCUGUGAACCCUGUCAACUUGAAGAUCAAGUUGGCCAUACCCAAGUCAAAGGAGCGUUCACCUCCAGUUGCCUCCACACCUGCUCGACCACGGCUCUAA